AUGAGAGUCGGAGUCGCACUCACUCUCUUCGCCUGCGCGCUCAGCGCCCCCACCAGCAAGCGCGAUGACGAGCUCGCCCGCCUCGAGGCCGGCUCAAUCAAGGCCCUCGAGUCCUUCCACAAACCCCGCACCUUUAUCGGCGGCGGCGGCGGCGCUGAUGCCGGUGUCGGCGGCUCUGCUGAACUCGGUGGCUCUGCUAGUCUAGGUGGCCACGCAGGCGCUGAUGCCGGUGCCGGUGCCGGUGCUGGCGUGGGAGGCUCUGCUGGUGUUGGCGGCCACGCUGGACUCGGUGGCUCUGCUGGUCUAGGUGGCCACGCAGGUGCUGGUGCCGGGGCCGGUGCUGGCGCUGGCGCUGGCGUGGGAGGCUCUGCCGGCCUCGGUGGCUCUGCUGAACUCGGUGGCUCUGCUGGUCUAGGUGGCCAUGCAGGCGGCGAUGCUGGUGCUGGCGCUGGCGCUGGCGGUAGUGCCGGCAUUGGUGGUCAGGCAGGCAUUGGUGGUCAUGCUGGUCUUGGUGGCUCAGCUGGUGCUGGUGCCGGUGCUGGUGCUGGUGGCCAUGGUGGCGCUGGUAUCGGUGGUGAAGCUGGCCUCGGCGGACAUCUUGGUGGAGGUGCCGGCAUUGGCGGCGGUGGCCACCUCGGUGGUGGCCUUGGUGGUAGUAUUGGUGGCGGUGGCCAUCUCGGCGGUGGUCUUGGCCUUGGAGGAUCUGGCGGUGCUGGUGUCGGUGGAUCUGGAUCUGCUGGUGCCGGUGGCUCUGCCGGUGGUGAAGGUGGCGCCGAAGGUGAAGCCGGUGGUGAGGGUGAAGCAGGUGGUGAGGCCGGUGCUGGAGGAUCUGGAUCUGCCGGUGGCUCUGCUGGUAUCGGUGGCUCUGGCGGUGCUGGAGGCUCUGGUGGCGCCGGUGGAUCUGGUGAAGCUGGCGGCUCUGCAGGCAUCGGAGGCUCCGGUGGUGCUGGUAUUGGAGGAUCUGGUUCCGCUGGUGGUUCCGCUGGUAUCGGUGGCUCUGGCGGCGCUGGUGGUGAAGCCGGUGCUGGUGGUUCUGGUGAAGCCGGUGGUUCUGCAGGUAUUGGAGGCUCCGGUGGUGCUGGUGUCGGUGGUUCCGGAUCUGCUGGUGGCUCUGCAGGCGUUGGCGGCUCUGGCGGUGCUGGUGGUGAAGCCGGUGCUGGUGGAUCUGGAUCUGCUGGUGGCUCCGCUGGUGUUGGAGGCUCCGCUGGUGGUGGAGGCUCUGUAGGUGCCGGUGGCGAUGCUGGAGCUGGUGGAUCUGGUGAAGCUGGUGGUGAUGCUGGCGCCGGCGGUGAUUCCGGUGCUGGUGGCUCUGGCGAGACUGGUGUGUCCCCUACUACUGGUGGUGACUCUGGCGACUCCGACGACUCUGGCGAUGCCGGCGCUGGUGGUGAUGCUGGUGCUGGUGCUGGUGGUGAUGCCGGAGCUGGCGGCGAGGCUGGUGCUGGUGCUGGCGGUGAUGCUGGAGCUGGUGCUGGUGGUGACGCUGGAGCUGGUGGUGACGCCGGUGCUGGAGCUGGCGGCGAGGCUGGUGCUGGAGCUGGCGGUGAUGCUGGAGCUGGUGCUGGUGGUGAUGCCGGAGCUGGCGGCGAGGCUGGCGGCGAGGCUGGUGCUGGUGCUGGCGGUGAUGCUGGAGCUGGUGCUGGUGGUGACGCUGGAGCUGGUGGUGACGCCGGUGCUGGAGCUGGCGGCGAGGCUGGUGCUGGAGCUGGCGGUGAUGCUGGUGCUGGAGCUGGCGGCGAGGCUGGAGCUGGUGCUGGUGGUGAGGGUGAGGCCUGCGGCUGUGAAGGCGUUGAGGGCACGCCCACCACUUUCUCGACCGCGUUCUCGACCAGCUGGAGCUGGCCUACUAAGGCUUAA